UUGAGCGUCUGUUGUUCACGCUCGCCUGAGAGCAGGAGCGCUUGUGACAGUGGAGUGCUUUGAUUCAUGCUGUUGUGGAGACUCAUUUUUGGGUUUGGAGAACAAUUAAUGCGGCCAGACCGAAGCGUAUGAAGGUGAAGAAGAUGAAUGUGGAGGCUCUGAGCAGACCAGAGCUGUUGAUGCUCCUCAGUAUUUUGGAGGGAGAACUAGAGGCCCAGGAUGUUGUCAUACAUGCACUUAGGGCAGAGCACAGAGAUGCAUUUGUCCAGGAGCGCUAUGGACAGUACGACCUCAGUGAUCCAUUCUUGGCCCUGCAGCGGGACAACGAAGCCACGGAUCGCCAGCAAACGCUUACCCAACCUCACACGCAUCGGCAGGGCCAGGCAGUGGGCCCAAACCCUCUGGCUGUGCUUAAACUGGUCAUGACUCACUGCAAGAGGAUGCAGGAGAGGAUGAUGGGACAGCUGGCUGCAGCUGAGAGCAGACACAGGAGGAUGAUAUCUGAUCUGGAGAAGGAGAAACAGCAUUAUGCCCAGGACUCUGCACGGCACGCUGACUUUGCCCUCAUGCUCCAGAGUGAAAGGGAUAAACUACUGCAACAGUUGGAGGUGGAGCGUGCGACAAUGCAGAGGUUAGAGAAGGAACAGGCACAAGUGGUGAGCAAGGUUGAGGAUUCACUGUCCCAGCAGCAGCAGCUCUCCUCAAAUUUGACACUAGAGCUCCAGAAGGCCAGCAAUCAGGCUCAGGAGGAAGCUCAGAAGGUCUCGCAACUUCACACAUUGCUGCAAGAAGAGACCAGUGCACUAGAGAGGCUCAGGGAAAUUCUUGAGAAUGAGAAGAGCAGGGCAGCCCAACUGGAGGUCAGACGUGCUUAUUCUGUUGCGGUCUGUCAGGUAAUGACCAACCCGGAGGAAAUCGCCAAAGUUUACAGAGAGCUCAGCCUCUUACCCUCUUUGAGCAGAGCAGACGUGGGGCCAGUCAUCACCUCCCAGUAUGGAGGCAAAUACAGCAACAUCUACACAGAAUGGAGCCAGCGUGAUCUUGAGAGGAAUGAAAAUGUCAAAUUUUGUCGACAAUAUAUCGUAUUCCAUGAUGACAAGUCUGUGGUCUACUCUGGGGCUUCAGGAAACUGUACAGAAAUCAAAGGAGAGAUGCUGAGUAAGGAUUCUCCUUCUGGUGAAAUGAAGGCAGUUGUCAGAGAAUGCACAGUCAAAGGAGAGGAGAAACAGUUUCUGGAGAUCUGGAGUAAAAACAUUAAGAUGAAGAGCAUCAAUCUAACAGCUUUAAAGAAGCAUGGAAAAGUCUAUGAGGAUGAACAGUUUGGCUGCUUGGUUUGGUCACACUCUGAGACCCACCUUUUGUAUGUGGCAGAGAGAAAGAGACCCAAGGCUGAAUCUUUCUUCCAGACAGAGUCACCAGAACUGUCAAGUAUUGGAGAUGAAGAGGAAACCAUGAGGGUGGAAAAAAAGGAUACUGUAAAAGGGGAGCAGUUCAUCUACUAUGAGGACUGGGGAGAGGCAUUAGUUGGCAAGAGCAGUCCAGUGCUGUGUGUUUUGGACAUCGAGGGCGACAACGUCUCUGUGUUGGAAGGAGUGCCUGAAAAUAUCUCACCUGGACAGGCCUUUUGGGCUCCAGGUGACACAGGUGUGGUUUUUGUCGGCUGGUGGCAUGAGCCUUUCAGACUUGGCCUCAAGUACUGCCCCAACAGGAGGUCAUCUUUGUUUUAUGUGGAUCUUACUGGUGGGAAAUGUGAGCAGCUUUCAUCAGACACCAGUGCAGUGUCCUCCCCAAGGCUGAGCCCAGACCAGUGCCGAAUUGUGUAUCUAGAAUGUUCUGUCUAUGGGCCACACAUGCAGUGCAGCAGACUCUGCAUGUAUGACUGGUAUACUAAGAAGACCUCUGUGGUGGUGGAUAUUGUGAAGCGACCUGGAGAAGAUGGGUUCACUGGCAUCUACAGUUCCCAGUUGUCACCCCAGUGCUGGUCAGCUGAUAGUCAGCGUGUUAUCAUUGCUUGUCCUCAGCGCAGUCGUCAGGAUCUCUUGAUGGUUGAUAUAAGCACAGGGAAGAUCACCUCUCUGACUGCAAAAUCUGAUAUUGGUAGCUGGUGUCUGCUAAACAUAGAGAGAGACCUGAUGGUGGUCAGCUGCUGCUCUCCCAACAGCCCCCCAAGUCUGAGGGUGGGCUUCCUCCCAGGCAGGGAUUCCCAGGAAGAAGUGGCGUGGGUUACUUUGGAGGACUCGGAGACAUUACCCGAUGUUGAAUGGCAGGUCAUGACUUUCACUCCUCCCCCAGAGCAAGACAACAGUCAAUACUCUGGCCUUGAUUUUGAAGCUUUGCUGAUCAAACCGAAGGAGGUUAAGGAGGAAAUGAAGCUGCCUCUUGUCGUCGUCCCUCAUGGUGGUCCUCACUCUGUGGCUGUAGCUGAAUGGCUUCUGUCCUCCUCCGUGCUGUGCAGGAUGGGCUUUGCUGUAUUACUGGUAAAUUAUCGAGGCUCUACUGGCUACGGUCAGGACAGUAUCCUCUCGUUACCGGGCAAUGUGGGCACCCAGGAUGUCAAAGAUGUUCACUUUGCUGUUGAAAGUGUUCUAAAAAGUAGUGAGUUUGACGUGCAGAAAGUGGCUGUUUCCGGGGGCUCCCAUGGGGGUUUCCUUGCCUGUCAUCUGAUUGGUCAAUACCCGGGCUUCUACAAGGCCUGUGUGGCCCGCAACCCUGUCAUCAAUUUGGCUUCUAUGAUUGGCAGCACAGACAUCCCAGACUGGUGUAUGGUUGAGGCUGGCUAUGACUACAGUCCAGACUGUCUGCCUAACCCUGCUGUUUGGGAACAGAUGUUAAACAAGUCCCCCAUUAGACAUUUGGAGCAGGUAAAGACACCAGUACUACUUACUUUGGGGGAAGACGACAAGCGUGUACCUCACAAGCAAGGAAUAGAAUACUACAAAGCUCUGAAAGCAAAGCAGAUCCCAGUUCGGUUACUGUGGUACCCAGGGAACAACCACUCUCUCUCCAAGGUGGAUGCAGAAUCAGACGGGUUUAUGAACAUUGCUUUGUGGAUAAUUCAGCACUUGAAUCUGUGAUUGUAUGUUUGAUGCACUGUUGUGGGAUGUUAAUGUUCCUCUUGAAGGUCCAACCCAAAGCCAAAGCAAUGUGAGCACUGUACAGUCAUAAUACAUUUCUUCAUCUUUCUUUAUUUUAAAUUUUAUGAUUAUUAUAAAUGUCUUGGGUAUGUUCAGUAGGUGGACAAGGAAUUACCAUUAAAUAGCAUUUUAAUGAAAAAUGAUCUUGAUUAAACAGAAUUAUUUUAGUGAUACUGUUAUUUUUAAAUGUCUUGAAAUGCUGAUAAAAGGGCUUUUGGUGUGCAUGAGCUUUGUUUGGGUGAAAAAUUUAUUUUAUAAUCAAUCUUUUCUGUGCUCAAUGUUACUUUUUUAAUGGAAUCUGCUCUUCUAACAUUAUAAUACAGUGCACUUAAUAAAUUGGUUAUGAAAUUA